AUGCUUUUAGCUCUUCUUUUCCUCGCUGUUCCUAUAUAUUCCACGUGUUAUUUUGAAGAUUCCGAAUUAUUUGGGAGAUGUUAUCAGUUCAAUAAUCAUUCCUCAAGUUUCAUUGAUGCGAAGUUAAACUGCACAUCUAGAGGAUUCACGUUAACCAGGAUUGAGAAUCUGACCUUGGCACAUUUUAUAGGAUGUUUGUUGUGUUAAAAAUCAGGAUAACAUCACAUCCAAAAUUAUUUCAGCAAUCGCUGUCGAGAAAUUCGGAGAAACCUAUGGUUCCUACUGGAUCGGUCUAUCCCGCCAUCAAAACUCCAGUAACUUCCAAUGGGAAGAUCAACAUCCUCUAGAUUUCCUGAACUGGGCUGAUGGUUAUCCAUUUUCAGGUUAUGAUUAUGUAGCUGCUAGAUUAUCUGAUACACAAUGGAUAACGCUUUUGGAACCAACACGUCUACCGUAUAUUUGUAGCUAUGAUGCAAUUGAGGAUGAUACGACUACAGAAGGGCCGAAAACUACAAAGGGGAACGGUUAUGGGAAUGGUUGUCAGAAGACGGAUUUGAACUUGGAGAAUCGAUGUUAUAGCUUUAAUCGACAGUUAUUAUCAGUAGAUGAUGCUAGAAAGAGUUGUGAGAAGAUUGGGAAGACAUUGGCUGUUUUUGAUGAUUUUUAUCAAAUUAAUUUUGUUAGUUGUAAGUUAUGGGUGAAUUACAGAAACUGUGGAUCAAAAAUUGAAAAGCAAACAGGUUUUUUUUGAGAAACUCAAAAUUUUGGCUCCAAGAAACCUACGUGGGAAAUUUUGUUAAAAAAGUUCAAACAUUUAGGACAAGAGGAAAAAAUAAUUGUAAAAAAAUGUGACGCUAAAAUUACACGUGGAAUUUUUUUCUUGAAUACGGAUCUACCUUUUGAGCCUAACCGUAACCUUCACAUCUUCUGAUCUUCAAAUUUCCAGCCUUCGCUCAAUCGCAAUUCGCCGCCACCUACACCAGUUUCUGGAUCGGUCUGCAACGAGCCUCCGCCUCAACACCCUUCUACUGGCCUUCCGGAAACUACACGCAAUUCACCAAUUGGUCACCCGGAUAUCCGUUCUCCAACCAACUUUUCGUCGCCCAACAAAUCUCCGACACAAAAUGGAAAACCUAUACACCCGAUAGUCUUCUGUUUUCAGUUUGUAGCGGAAUUUUGUGA